UUCCCCACUCUUAAACCCUGGAAACUCGUCGGUGAAAGCAGCGGCGUGUUUGCUUGCUGUGACGCCGGAAGUUGAUUUUGAAACCGCCUACGCUCAUGUUUGGUGAUUUCUUUUUGAGCGAGGCCUAUAAAAAAUUUAAAUUUAAAUUGAUCAUCUGCUGGGUCUGUCGGUAUUAUUUUUUUGCUCACUUCAAUUUCCUUAGAGCGUCUGUAUAUGUGGACGCCGCUUUAAGGAGAGCGUAGGAGAACACUCGGUGUUGGAUGUUUGCAAUGGGUACCUUGUGCUUGUUGGCGUACAAGAAUCCGUUGAGCAAGUUGCAUUUUCGGCGAACUGGGAUUGUGUUUUUGUUGUUGUUUACACAGAACCCAUACAUGAUUGCUGUUUUUUAGUGCAGCAUUAUGUUGAAUUGUCCCUUUGCUGCUUACGUGUUUUUCUUCGUACACAUCUCUCUUUCUGGAACCUGUAAAUGGCGGACGUUGGGACCUGAAAUAGGUCAUUGAGCACUUCGGGUGCAUUAUCUUAAAAUUCCUAUAAUCCAAGCGGCGUGAGAACCUGUGCAUAGAAGUAAUGAGGUGUUAUGGUUCGACAUUGGGUCUCGAAUUGUGUAAUUUUGCAGGUUUUUUGUUCGUGUGAAGUCGCAUUUCAGGGGCCCGCGAGGGCGAGAUGUUAGCCAAGGCAGCAAUGACGAGUGGCUACGGGUCGCAAUUAGACCCCUUGACUCUCGAUUCAGAUGAGCAUUCGAGCGAGUGUGACACGGAUAGCUUGACCAGGAAGGCACCGACCGUGGUGUCUGAUUUUGCAACCUCCGCAGAUACGAGCGCUUCCACGUUCAAGCGACCUAGGGUAGAGCCAGCUGAGUUUUCUGUGCGGGCUCACGGCUUCAAACGUCCGAGACAGAAGCCAUGCGUAACUGCAAGCGGGACCGAGACCCCCAGUUUCAUUCCCUUGUCGACAUUUCCGGAGGUUGAGGAUGCUAAUGGGGUUGGGGAUUGUUUCAUCGUUCCAUCUCCUCCGAAUCCACAAAUACACUCCCUCACGCCUCAACAGCGUCUGGUUAUCGACCUUGUACAGAAGGGCAAGAAUGUAUUUUAUUCUGGAUCCGGAGGGACGGGGAAAUCCUUAGUGCUUCACCACAUCGUCGGCAUUCUCAAGGACAGGUUCCGGGACGAACACAAUGACAGGCUGGCUCAGGGAUCGUCUUGCGGGUGUUGUGCCUGCAAAGUGGCCAUUACGGCGCCUACUGGCAUUGCAGCAAUUCCUAUCGGAGGGACCACUGUACAUAGAGCAACUGGAAUUGGCAUUCCACGACGUCGUCAGGAUUUCAACAGGAUGUGGAACGCUCCCGUGAAACGUAGAUGGCGCAAUAUGAGCGUUUGGAUCAUCGACGAGAUCUCGAUGGUGAGUGCCGAGUUGCUAGAGUCUCUGGAGCAGAUGAUAAGAAGGAUUCGGACACCAGCGGAUCUUCUGCCGGGUGUUCCCUUCGGUGGACUUCAGGUCAUAUUUUCCGGCGAUUUCUUUCAGCUGCAACCAGUGUUAGAAAAGAUAACGCACACUAGCGAUGAUCAGUUCCUUAACAGAGGACUGGCGUUUGAGGCACCUGCGUGGACGAGAGCUAAGCUCACUCCAGUCAUCUUGCAGCAUGUUUUCCGUCAGAGCGAUGGCGAUUUCGUUGACCUACUGAAUGGGAUUAGAACGGGGGAGAACCCAGCAGCUUUGGAGGAGAUUGCCAAGCGGUGCUCAAGGCCAUUGCCUAUGGAAGCUGGGAUUCUACCUACGGUUCUGUAUUCAAAGAAUGCAGAUGUCGACAAGUACAAUCACGAUAGAUUGAGAGAAUUGCCCGAACAAGAAGUGGUUUUAGUUGCCGAGGAACACAUUUAUACCAAUGAAGGACUCAAAAAAGAAGAAGCUCGAAACCUUGCUCUUCAACAAGCGCAGUUCAAUCAGUUGAGGGACGCUGAAUUUUGGAAGCUCUGCACUGCGCUCAAGGAGUUGAGCUUGAAAGUCGGAGCACAGGUCAUGUUGGUCCGGAACUUGACACUUACGGGCAAGGAGAGCGAUCUCGUGAACGGCUCUCGUGGCGUUGUGGUGGGGUGGGCGUUCCGGGACGUCAUCUUGGAAGAAUGUCGAGCUGUGCUGAGAAGCAAACAGUAUCCGGAAACGCCAAAAGAGGUUGAAGCACAAUUAAUGUAUGAUAAACUCAAGGCUACCUGCUUUAAUCUUAUCCCUAUCGUCAGGUUCAGAAAUGGUCGUGAGAUCUACUGCGUGCCGGAGAGAUUCUCUUACGAGAUCUUGAAUACUGGAGAGUGCGUAAGAUGGCAGGUGCCUUUAAAGCUGGCCUGGGCUAUCACUAUCCACAAAUGCCAAGGAAUGUCGCUGGACUAUGUCCAAGUCACCCUGAAGGACAUCUUCGCCGAAGGCCAAGUAUAUGUGGCGUUGAGUAGAGCGCGGUCUAUGGAGGGCUUGCAAGUCAUCGGGAACCCCUCCCGCGGAGAUGUCCGGGUGAGUCCGAAGGUAAUGGAGUUUUACAGAGCCCUGACAGCUAACGAGGCGUCCUCCGUUUGUCCAUUGGACUUCCCCGAUGUGCCUAUCGUAGUCCCUCCGGAAGAGAUACUAGACAGAGUAAAAGCCUCGCACAUGGUGCGCACCGAUGCUUCUUUCGAGAAAUUCAUUCCCAAGAGUGACCCUCCAAUUUCUGUGACCUGUUAUCACUGUAAAAAGCAAGGCCAUGCCGCGUUUGAGUGCAGGAUGAGGCCUAUUUUAUGAGAAACGUACAAAUUGAGCUCA